GUGAAAUCCCGACUGAAACCCGAGGGGAAGCCAGAAACCCGACGGGAAGCCAGAAACCCGACGGGAAGCCAGAAACCCGAGGGGAAGCCAGAAACCCGACGGGAAGCCAGAAACCCGAGGGGAAGCCAGAAACCCGACGGGAAGCCAGAAACCCGAGGGGAAGCCAGAAACCCGACGGGAAGCCAGAAACCCGAGGGGAAGCCAGAAACCCGACGGGAAGCCAGAAACCCGACGGCUCUUACCUAGGAGAUGGGCCUUAUCCAA